AUGUCCUCUCUGUUGGAUCCCGGGUUGAUCAGGACAGCGGUGGUGGAGCAGGUUGUCGCCCCCAUCGCCAGUCAUCUGUGCCACUUGGUGCUGCUGUGUGAGAGUGCAGAGGGACCUCAGCAGUUCUGCCAGCUGGAGGGUGCAGCUCAGGCGGUGGCCAAAGCCACCGUGAACAUGGCAGCAGUGGCCUCCAGGCAAAUGGGUGACAGGGAGGACGAGGUUUUUCACACAGAGAUGUCGUCCCUGCUGGAGUCGGUCACCGUGUCCGGUCAGCACGUGCUGUUGGCAGCCCAGAAGCUCAGCAUUCAGCCCGGCUUGACUGAGCACAGGGAGGAACUCAUCGCCGCAGCACAGAACGUCUUCCUGGGAGUAACCAAAGUAAAUCCCCUUCUCUGUCUCCCCCGUCAGGUUCUGUUAGUGGACGAUGAUGCUAUCGUCAGGACAGUGGUGGCUGCUGCCGAUCGAGUUUCGGAGUGCUUAUCUGAGCUCGCCUUCGCCUCUGACAUCAAGUCUCUGCUUAAAUCUUUCCAGGUGUUUUCUGAAGCUUUGCUUUUCCUCAACAAUCUGACCGUUGAGAGAGCAAAUGCCUUACAGGACCCCAGACAAACCAAGCAGCUUCUGGAUUCCCUGGAGACCCUCGGGAGGUGCAUCUCCAUGCUGCACACAGCCAUGUGCACGACCAUCAAACACCCGACCAGCGAGCAGGCGCAGCACGCCAAGAGGUACAUCCUGGACAAGGUGCACAGCACAGUGAGGGACAUUGUUGUAACUCUGAAAAGCGAACGCCGCAGUGGACCACUGGGUCCUUGUGGGUAUUACACAGCGAGGAGAAACAGUCUGUUGCUGCUGCUCACCAGUUCCCCCACCUCCUCCAUCCCAGGCGGUGGCCUCGACAGUGUGGUGAGAGAUCUUGUGUUUCACUGUAUGGUUGUGGCCAACACUUCUCGUAGAGAGCUUCAACAGAGCGUGGUGGGCCAUUGUCUUCACGUCCUGCAGCUCUGGUCCGACAUAAGUAGGGUUUUAAAGUCCACAGAGGAGGAUUUGAGGAAGAACCUUGAGAGUACUUGUCAUUUUUUGGUGCAGCAAAUAGGAAUGCUUGAUGAGGCUUUGAUGACUAGUGUUCUCUAUCAAGUCCUGGACACAUUUCCUGCAGCAUCGGCGACGGUUGAGGAACUUCUAAGACUGUCGGGAAAAAUCCUGGUCGCCGAUUGUCCCACAGAGAUGGAUCUGUCCUUCCUUCAGGCAGAAGUUGAGGACGUCAUAGCUUCCACUGACAGAAUAAUCAAAGUGGCAAAUUUCCUCUCAGCUGUCGCCGUUGAUGCAAAGAGUUUGGAGAGUGUGGAGAACUCGCGAGUCGGCCUCGCCAGACUCAGAGCUCAGCUCGCACCCCUCUCUCUGGAGCUGGCGGAUAACUCGAUGCAAACCGUUCAAAAGAUUCACGAGGCCUGCGAAAAGUGGCAAGAGGAGACUGGUCAGCUUCAGGAAGCCCUCAGUGAUGUAAUGGACGUGAGGGAGUUCACCAGCGCUGCCGUCGAUGAGGUGGUCAGCGAUCGGCACGGAUGUGACUCAGCGCACAGACAGCAGAGCUGCAAACUGUUUAAACAACACGCCGUGAGCCUUUUUUGUCACAUGAAGCUGGCGGUCGACUCGGUGAGGAGGCACUUGGACAGAAGUGACGACCCCAUCUACAGAAACGGGCUGCUGGUGCUGCUGAAACAGGUUCAGUCAUCUGGAGCCAAAGCGAGUGAGUCGGUCAGAGACGUGCUCUUAGGUUCCGGUCUAAGCGUGGAGGUAUAUUCCACCUUUUCACACAAUGUGUCCGCUGCCAUCAAGCAUUUAAAAGUGCUCAGAAAGGGGCUGGACGGCCUACAGCAUCCACACCUCCUGAGCCCGCUGCGAGGAGACGCACGUCGGCCCGAAAUCUCACAGCCGUGCGUGCCUGUAAAAGGCCCCCGCGAACUGGACGCGGGUCACAUGACGAGAGGCCGUUCGGUUUUACAGGCUACGGAGAAGGAUCCUCAAACCGAGCACGAGGAGGAACACUCGCACGAGGAAAGCAUAGAAGCAGAACUGGCUCGUAAAUAUGAUUUACUGGUCCCAGCUGUCCCCGUUGAGCUGAAACCGAUCCACAGAACUCUUGAAUUUGACCUUUUACCCCUCAUGUACGAAGUCGUGACUGUGACUAAAGGGAAAGAUGUGACACUACUGAACCGGGUCUGCACUGGCGUUUUUGAGCUGUCGAACUGCUACGCCCAAGCUGCGAAGGAGGCCGUGGCCGUUGUGGACGCGCUUGACUGUCAGACGUUGGAGAGUCUCAGAGCAGAGCUGGUGUCACUGACUCCGCUGCUCGUCCAGACGGCCCAGGAAACGGCGAUGAGCUCGGCGAUGAGCGCGGACAGCGUCUGCAGACACAGCGCGCGCUUCUCUGACCUCAUAAACAACACCAGGAAGGUUUUGCUGCCGGUCGCUGGCACCUGGUACAACGCUGUUUACACUCAGCUGCAAGGAAACCCGCCGGCAACGCCCGCCACCGUUGCGCGGCAGCUAAACGAAGUGAUGACUUUAUGCGCUGAAGCCGUCCAGCUCUUGACGUCGUCCGGUUUAACGUCCCAAGGCGACGGUCACGAAACAUUGAGCGUUUUACACAACAAGCUGAACAAAGCCCAGAACAACACAAAGCAUCUGAUCGAGUUUUCCUCCUCAACGGACAGACCGGGGGAUCAACUCGAGGGCCUCUGUGUCCUCUGGGGCCUGUCGAUUCAGGUGUUGCUGCGUUCGCUUGACAAGAUUUUGGGGACAUCAACCGCGACGAACCCGCUGAGCCCCCAGAGACACGUGGCCGUGUUGUCUGAGACCUCGCUUCGGAUCCAGGAGGCGACGAGGUUAACCUGCCAGAAUUGCAGAAGUGCGUACAAAUCCAAACAGCUGGCAGGAUACCAGAAUGAACUAAAAAGCCUGACUGAAGCGUAUCUCCAAGCUGCAGAGGAGCUCGACGCGAUGCCCAGCGUCACGCAACUUGCAAAAUCUGAUGUCUUCCAGAGGCAUCUUUUGAUUAAAAUCCGAGCGCUUUCCUCUCAUUUAAACAAGACAAACAAAGAUUACGACGCUGCGCUUCAAAAUAUUGUCAGUGUCGCUCUUUUUUCUGCUGAACAUUUCAAGGAGAGCAACACGGAGGACACAGAGCGAACAUUUGACACCGCUGCUGAAACGCUGCUUGAAAAUGUCAAAACCGCAACCAAAAGGGUCGAGGACAGCUUGCACUUCAUCCGCGACCCACAUGCGCGUUCCCACCUGAGGUCCGUCAACGACCACCUGCCUUUUCAGAUCUCGGAUGUAAUCAGCAGGGCGAGGCUCAUGCUGGAGACUCACUAUAUUAGUGACACACUCAGUCUGGACGUGCAGAUCCAGUGCUGGUCAGCCAAAGCUCGUUACGUGGCGGAGGAGAUCAGGAAACAGGACGGGAUUCACCAAGAGGUCAAAGAGGUCAUCACGGCCGGUCUGCAGGGCAGAAGCCUUGAGGAUAGCACAGAGGCGUCGGCCGGGGGGCCGUCUAAAGUAAAAGAAGGGGGAUUUCCCUGUGACGUGACAAUGACGCCGUGGCAGAGAGGCAACGCGGAACGCGUAGAUGCUGCAGAAACAAAUACUAAUGCGGUAAAAUAUGGAGAUGGUAAUAUUGAAAAUGACCGGGUCGGGUCCAGCGGGCCCAAAGAGACUCAUUCGCUGACGUCCACAGCCCUUUUUCUAAAGCAAGAAAGUGACAGCUGGGAUCCCAAGGACAACAGAAUUGUCCAGAUGACCAGGAAGACGGCUGACACACUCUGUUACAUGACUCAGUACCUGAGGAAGAGAGGCCCAAUACUGAAUAAGGAGGCAUUUGUCACCGCAGCCAAAAACGUGAUCUCAAACUGCCAGUCAGUCACUCAGUUCAUCCGAGUUAUUGCCAACCACUGCCUGGAUAAACAGUCCACAGUUGAACUCUCCCUCAUAGUUGAGCAAAUUCUCACCAUCACUAACCAGUUCAGCAUCAUCUCCAGCGUCAACGCUGUAACACCCGGGUGCAGAUCAUCCGACGAGAUCCUGGUGAAGAACGCUCAAAAUCUACUGCAGACGGUCCUGCGGGGGGUCCGCGCUGCAGAGUCAGCCUGCAUCACAGGGCUGAAGCAGCCUGAGCCGGACUCGGAUGGUGCCGAGGCCACGGCCUUGUGUUUCCAGUGGAGGAGGAAACUGGAGAUCCACCGAGCCCAGCAGACCUCGAACACGGAGACCGACGAGCUGGGCUUGAGGAAGACCUCCACCCACCCGGCGGCCCCCAGCCUUGUGCCGCCAGUUGGCUUCAAGUGACCACCACCCCUUCAAAGCACGAGUGGAAACAGUGUCUCAAGAAAGAAGUGUAAAAUAGAU